AUGGACUUGGACCCGAAGAAGAGACCAACUGCCCGCCGUAUAAACGAUAGGCUUGAUAAAACGACAAGUGUCACCGAAGCUGGUAUCAGUAGUUCAUCAGUCGAACAACAAGUUAGUUUCCUAAAGGAACAAUAUUGCCAAGACAGAAUUACAAAGCUUUCAUCUGAGUACCCUGGAAAGGACAUCAAGCAUGGGACGCCUACAGAAGAUCAGUGGCUGCAAGGUCGAGAAGGAGCUUCAGAUGAUCAAUGGUCAUUAUGUGGAGCGCGAGAUACAAAGCAAAAUGUCAUUCCACAAGGUGCAAGUAUUUCUAGCUCUAACCGUGGUGUGCUCUACAAGUUGAACAAUUUAGACAUUUACGACACAAAAGCUCGCAAGAAUUACGUGAGGUUGGGCGGUCCUAUAUUGGAAAAUAUAAAAUGUGUGAAACUUUUCAAAAAGGGGGAGCUCAAGCCAAUUUUGAAGGAUAAUAAUUUUAUUAGAAAAGAUGGCUUUGGAGAAGUUUACAAGGGUCUUGUUGAUAACGUACCAGUCACGGUAAUCAAGCUGAUUAGUGACAAUGUGAUAAAGAAUGGAGAUUUUGCAAAUGAAGUCAUCAUGCAAUGUCGAGUCAUUCACAAAAACAUUGUUAGGCUCAUAGGUUGCUGCCUUGAAUUUGAUGCCCCGGUCCUAGUCUAUGAGUCUUUCUCCACAGUUAGCCUUCAUGACAUUCUUCACAUCAACAUCAAGCUGCCUCUCAACUUGAGUGUGCGAUCAAGUAUUGCUGCAGCAUUAGCAGAUGCUCUAGCAUAUAUGCAUUCAGUGCCCGGCACCCAAGUUUUACACGGUGAUCUUAAACCAGCAAAUAUACUAUUCGAUGACAAACUCUUCAAUGGCAACUUCGUGCCUAAGGUCUCGGGCUUUGGCAUGUCAAGGAUAAUUGCGAGAGAUAUCAUUGGUGACAUGACUUAUAUGGAUUCAAUAUACCUACAAAAAGGCUAUCUGACGGAACAAAGUGAUGUAUAUAGUUUUGGAGUUAUCGUCUUGGAACUUCUUACUCGGAGGAAGGCUAUACAUGCUGACCAUAACAGCUUAGUGAGGAUUUUCCUUGAGAAUCACAAGAAGGGUAGGAAAUCAACAGGGCUAUUUGAUAAGGAAAUUGCACUGAAAGGAGAUUUGGGACUUCUUGACAUGCUGGUAGAAAUUGCCGUCAAAUGUCUUGACGAUGAUGUGGUUAUAAGACCGUCAAUGGUAGAUGUUGCAAAGCGCCUUUCUAUACUGGAUCGAUCCCUUAAAUCGGGGAUGCUAGGACAAAUAGUCGUCAGUAUGACUCGGAUGCUAGGACAAAUAGUCGCCAGUAUGACAUGA